AACCGACGACGACAGUCGAGUGAACGGAAACGUUACCUGUCAUUUCACUUGCUUAGGCAACAAAAAAAGACCAAGUCCUCUCACCUAUCCACGUCCUACACACGCACACACAUCGCCAUCGCCAUCCUCCCGUACAACCACCUCCGCGCAGCGACAAUGACUGCCCUCUUCAACUUCCAAUCCCUCCUCCUCGUCAUCCUGCUCACAAUCUGCACCUCGACAUACGCACACUACGUCUUCCCCGGCAUCAUCGACCGUAACAAGGACACGUACUAUGUAUCCCCCAUAUGGAAGGCUGCUCGUGUGGGCGAGCGGUUGAGUCCGUAUGUUAGUAUUGCGUGUGUGAUUAUGGCUGCACUUGAGUUUAUGGGCUAAGUAGGGUUCGUCGUGGUCACUUUAGGCACACGAGGAAUCAGCCCAGAUUUUGUCAUCAAAGCAAGGCGUUUAUGGGGUGGAUUACCUAGGCAUUGAGACAGACACGUUUCCAAAUACAAAGACUUUUGUAACUUGCACACCUUCAACAUCAGUCUAAAUUCAUAAACCCGCAAGGAACCAUCUCUAAAAAUAAA